CUCACAUUUCUCUGUAUGUUCCCCUCAUUACAACUGCAAUUUCAGUUUGGGGAGUGGUUUUGUCACUGCCCCAUGAGGGCUGAGAAACUUUGGCGUGCUGUAGGCUCUGAGCAAAUAUUUACAAGCUAAUGAAACAGCAAAUGCUGCUCUCGCUAUGGGACCCUGUGCCCAAGGCCCAAGGUGGUAGGAGAGUUGGGAAGUAGCAGAGAGCAAGAGGUGGCCUCUGCCCUUCCAGAGGUAGAAACUUGGUCUCUCUAUCCCUUGGAAACAAGGUGGGGGUCUCUUUAGUAGCCUGGCCUUGCCGCAGCCCUGGGCUUCUGGCUGGGUUCAAGACUUUCCCUUCUGCCUCUCCCCCCCUCACCCCCUUGGGUGGCAAACAGAGGCAGCCUUGUUCCCGCUCCCAUAGAGCUGCCCUGUUCUCUGCACACUAAAAAUGGAAACCCCCAAGCUAUUUUGGGAGCAGUGCCCAGCCAGACUGUGGCCAUGGCCCCCUGCUCCCACUGGGCUGUGACCACAGCGUCCUUGCUCCCACCAGGCUGCUGGACCUUCCUCUUAGCCUUGUGCCCAACCCUGCUUAGGAUAGGGCAAGCCUCUGGAGCACCCUGCCAAGGCCUCUGAUGGAUGGGCCAAUCCAGGCACGAGGAAGGGAACUUUGGGAACAUUCUGCAUAGACAGCCUGGCAGCUAGGUGGUGGGAGGGGCUGGGCUAUGUGGCCUGGGCACAAGGAGGGGAAAGCGUCUCUCGGUGUAGAAUAGUUUGUCCCAUAAUCUAACCAAACUGUGUUCCUGCUUGAGGUCCACUGGAGAAUGGGAAAGGUGACUCCCGCUCAGGUCAUGCCGUUAUCUCCUGAUCCAGCCGACCCUGCCAGGUGACCAUGCCUGUCCUCGGCCCAGUUCUUCUCCAGGUGCUCUGGGCCGGGUGUGCCCUCACCCUACAGAGCCUUCUACCAGCUGCUUUUACUGCCAAUGGCACACAUCUACAGCACUUGGCCAGGGACCCCACCUCAGGUACCCUCUAUGUAGGGGCCACCAACUUCCUGUUCCAGUUGAGCCCUGGGUUGCAGCUGGAAGCCGUGGUGUCCACAGGCCCUGUGAAUGACAGCCGGGAUUGCCUGCCACCUGUGAUACCUGACGAAUGUCCCCAAGCCCAGCCUACCAACAACCCUAACCAGCUGCUCCUCGUGAGCCCAGAGGCUCUGGUGGUGUGUGGGAGUGUGCACCAGGGCAUCUGUGAGCUCCGGAGCCUGGGGCAGAUCAGACAGCUGCUGCUACGGCCAGAGCGGCCUGGGGACACCCAGUAUGUGGCUGCUAAUGACCCUGCAGUCAGCACUGUGGGGCUAGUGGCCCAGGGGUCGGCAGGGGAGCCCCUCCUGUUUGUAGGGCGGGGGUACACCAGCAGAGGCGUAGGAGGCGGCAUUCCUCCCAUUACAACUCGGGCAUUGAGACCACCAGACCCCCAAGCUGCCUUCUCUUACGAAGAGACGGCCAAGCUGGCAGUGGGCCGCCUCUCCGAGUACAGCCACCACUUCGUGAGUGCCUUUGUACGCGGGGCCAAUGCCUACUUCCUGUUCUUGCGGCGAGACCUGAAGGCCCCCUCAAGAGCUUUCCGUGCCUACGUGUCCCGAGUGUGCCUUCAGGACCAGCAUUACUACUCUUACGUGGAAUUGCCCCUGGCCUGCCAGGGUGGCCGCUAUGGUCUGAUCCAAGCUGCAGCUGUGGCCACAUCCAGGGAGGUGGCCCGUGGGGAGGUGCUCUUUGCUGCCUUCUCCUCAGUGGCUCCUCCCACUGUGGACUGGCCCCUGUCAGCAUCCACUGGGGCAUCUGGAACCUCGGUGCUCUGUGCCUUCCCCCUGGAUGAAGUAGACCAGCUCGCGAAUUACACGCGAGAUGCCUGUUACACCCGGGAAGGCCACGCUGAGAACGGGACCAAGGUGGCUGACAUUGCAUACGACGUCCUUUCCGACUGUGCGCAGCUGCCAGUGGAUACCCCAGAUGCUUUUCCUUGUGGUUCAGACCACACACCCAGCCCCAUGGUCAGCUGCGUCCCUUUGGAAGCCACACCAAUGCUGGAGCUGCCAGGGGUUCAGCUGACAGCUGUGGCAGUCACCGUGGAGGACGGACACACCAUCGCUUUUCUGGGUGACAGCCAAGGACAGCUGCAUAGGGUCUACUUAGGCCCUGGAAGAAAUGUUGCCCCAUACUCUAAACAGAGCAUCCAGCCGGGGUCUGCGGUGAACAGAGACCUCACCUUUGACGGUACCUUUGAGCAUCUGUAUGUAGCGACCCAGACUACUCCUCAGGCCUCUUUGCUGUCACAGCUUGUGAAGGUUCCUGUGGCCCCUUGUGCUCAGCAUCUGGACUGUGACUCUUGCCUUGCCCACAGGGACCCUUACUGUGGAUGGUGUGUGCUCCUGGGCAGGUGCAGCCGCCGCUCGGAAUGCUCCAGGGGCCAGGGCCCAGAGCAGUGGCUCUGGAGCUUCCAAUCGGAACUGGGCUGUCUUCGAGUGGUCGCCGUGAGCCCUGCCAAUAUCAGCCGGGAAGAGAGGAGAGAGGUUUUCCUGUCGGUGCCAGGCCUGCCAACUCUUCAGCCGGGGGAAUCCUAUUUCUGUUCCUUUGGAGACCUUCAGAGCCCUGCUCUACUGACUGGUUCUGGUGUGGCCUGUCUCUCCCCAGACCCUAGUGAGGCUCCAGUGCUGCAGAGAGGAGCCGACCACGUCUCCAUGAAUGUGGAGCUCAGGUUUGGUGCCGUGGUGAUCGCCAAUACUUCCCUUGCUUUCUACGACUGUAUGGCAGUUACUGAGUUUUUCCCAUCCGCACCGUGCCGGGCCUGUGUGAGCAGCCGCUGGGGGUGUAACUGGUGUGUGUGGCGGCACCUGUGCACACACAAGGCCUCAUGUGACGCCGGGCCUAUGGUGGCAAGCCAGCAGAGUCCAUUUCUACCCCUAGUGCCUCUUGCAAGGGAUGGGCUCACCCCUUUCCCACCCACAGUCCCCAAAGCCACAGUCACCCCUACUCCCAAUACCUUCCCACUAGAUUCUGGGGUCUCCUCCACAGCCUCAGAUGUCCUACCUGGAGCCAAGCCUUCCCAGAUUAGCCUCUGGGGCCCAUGGGCAGGUCCUGGCCCCAUACUUUCCCCUACUUCCACGAACUUACCUCUCCACGAGAGGCCCCUCCCUCCUGACCUCCCCACCACACCUGGAUCCACUGUCCCAGCCCCCACUGAAAUGGGACUGGUGAGCACACCUGAGGACCUCUCGGCCUCCUACCCAUUCCCCUCAGAUGCAGCCACAGUGCCCCCUGCAGAGCCUGGCCCUGAGGCCCUGCCUUCCACAGUGGCCCUGGACCAGCCCCUUGGCACUGCUCCUGCCACCACUUUCCCAGGGGCCAUUGGCUCCAUGAAGCCCGUUCUGGAUUGGCUCACGAAAGGAGGCGGCGAGCUGCCCGAGGCGGAGGAGUGGAUGGGGGGUGACACGCCCGCCUUCUCCACUUCCACACUCCUCUCAGGUGAUGGAGACUCAGCAGAGCACGAGGGCCCUCCUGCCCCCCUCAUCCUCCUGUCCAGCCUCGACUACCAGUACGACACCCCCGGGCUCUGGGAGCUGGGAGAGGUGAAUCAGAGGGUAAGCUCCUGUCCCUGUGUGGAAGAUGUCCAAGGCCCCUUACUGAUCCCAGUUCACGUGGAGCGAGAAAUCCAGCUACGAGGCCGGAACCUGUGGCUCUUGCAGGACGGCCCGAGGGACAGUGAAUGUGUGCUGGAGCUGGAGGGCCUUGAGGUGGCGGUCGAGGCCCAGGUGGAGUGUGAGCCACCCCCAGACACCUGGUGCCACAUCAGGUGCCAGCAGCGCCAGUUCAGCUAUGAGGCUUUGAUACCAGAGCUCCAGGUGAGGCUGUUCCUGCGGUGGGCAGGUGGCCUGCGUGUGGACAGUGCUGACGGGCUUCACGUGAUACUGUAUAACUGCUCCGUGGGACAUGGGGACUGCAGCCGCUGCCAAACUGCCAUGCCCCAGUAUGGCUGUGUGUGGUGCGACGGGGAGCACCCGCGUUGUGUGGCCCGGGAGGCCUGUAAUGAGGCUGAGACUGUGGCCAUUCAGUGCCCUGCACCUCUCAUCCACUCGGUGGAGCCGCUGACUGGCCCUGUAGACGGAGGCACCCGUGUCACUAUCAGGGGCUCCAACCUCGGCCAACAUGUGCAGGAUGUCCUGGGCACGGUCCGAGUGGCGGGAGUGCCCUGCGCUGUCGUCACCGGGGAAUAUGAGGUCUCUAGUAGUCUUGUGUGCAUCACUGGGACCAGCCGGGAGGAGGUGAGCGGUGCUGUGGCAGUGGAGGUGCCUGGAAGGGGACACGGUGUCUCGGCGUUCAACUUUGCCUACCAGGAUCCAAAAGUACAUUCCAUCUUUCCUGCCCGUGGCCCCAGAGCCGGAGGCACCCGCCUCACCCUCCACGGCUCUAAGCUCCUGACUGGGCGGCUAGAGGACAUCCGUGUGGUGGUUGGAGGCCAGCCUUGUCACUUGCUCCCGGAGCAGCAGUCUGAGCAGCUGUGCUGUGAGACCAGCCCAUCCCCCGUGCCCACCGAGCUCCCGGUGACUGUUUGGUUUGGAGACACCGAGCGGAAGCUUCAGCACGGCCAGUUCAAAUACACAUCGGACCCCAACGUCACCUCUGCGGGCCCCAGCAAGAGCUUCUUCAGUGGAGGACGUGAGAUAUGGGUCCGUGGCCAGAAUCUGGAUGUGGUACAGAUGCCAAGAAUCCGAGUGACUGUGGUCCCAAGAAUGCUACAGCCUGGCCAGGGGCUUGGACAGAAGCACAACGUGAUCCCUGAGAAAUUUGAGGAGCCAUGUCUCGUGAACUCCUCACACCUCAUCAUGUGCCGCACGCCUGCUCUCCCGGACCCGCCAGCGGACCCCUGGGUCCGGGUGGAGUUCAUCCUCGACAGCAUAGUCUUGGACUUCGCCACACUGAGCCCCACACCCUUCUCCUACGAGGCAGACCCCACUCUGCGUUCCCUCAACCCCGAGGAUCCUUCCACACCAUUCCGGCACAAGCCAGGGAGUGUGUUCUCUGUGGAGGGGGAGAAUCUGGACCUUGCCAUGUCUAAGGAGGAGGUGGUGGCCAUGAUAGGAGACGGCCCCUGCGUGGUGAAGACACUGACCCGGCACCACCUGUACUGCGAGCCCCCCGUGGAGCAGCCCCUGCCGCAGCACCAUGCCCUCCGGGAGGCACCAGAUGCUUUGCCAGAGUUCACGGUACAGAUGGGGAACCUGCGCUUCUCCCUGGGUCAUGUGCAGUAUGAUGGUGAGAGCCCCGUGGCUUUUCCUGUGGCAGCCCAAGUGGGCUUGGGAGUAGGCACAUCUCUCCUGGCUCUGGGUGUCAUCAUCAUCGUCCUCAUAUACAGGAGGAAGAGCAAGCAGGCCCUGAGGGACUAUAAGAAAGUGCAGAUCCAGUUGGAGAAUCUGGAGAGCAGUGUGCGGGAUCGCUGUAAGAAGGAGUUUACAGACCUCAUGACAGAGAUGACGGAUCUCACCAGUGACCUCCUUGGCAGCGGCAUCCCCUUCCUUGACUACAAGGUGUAUGCAGAGAGGGUCUUCUUCCCCGGCUACCACGAGUCCCCCUUGCACAGGGACCUCGGUGUGCCUGACAGCAGGCGGCCCACAGUGGAACAGGGCCUGGGCCAGCUCUCUAACUUGCUUAACAGCAAGCUCUUCCUCACGAAGUUCAUUCACACCCUGGAGAGUCAGCGGACCUUCUCUGCUCGGGACCGGGCCUAUGUGGCAUCUCUGCUCACUGUCGCUCUUCACGGGAAGCUUGAGUACUUCACCGACAUCCUCCGUACUCUGCUCAGUGACCUGGUAGCGCAGUAUGUGGCCAAGAACCCCAAGCUGAUGCUGCGCAGGACAGAGACUGUGGUGGAGAAGCUGCUCACCAACUGGAUGUCCAUCUGCCUCUACACCUUCGUGAGGGACUCUGUAGGAGAGCCUCUGUAUAUGCUCUUCCGGGGGAUUAAGCAUCAAGUGGACAAGGGUCCCGUGGACAGUGUGACUGGCAAAGCCAAAUACACUCUGAAUGACAACCGCCUGCUUAGAGAGGAUGUGGAGUACCGUCCCCUGACCUUGAAUGCACUUCUGGCUGUGGGGCCUGGGGCAGGAGAGGCCCAGAGUGUACCUGUGAAAGUCCUGGACUGUGACACCGUCUCCCAGGCCAAGGAGAAGAUGCUGGAUCAGCUUUAUAAAGGAGUGCCCCUCGCCCAGCGGCCAGACUCUCGCACCUUGGAUGUUGAAUGGCGGUCUGGAGUGGCUGGGCACCUCAUCCUUUCCGAUGAGGAUGUCACUUCUGAGAUCCAGGGUCUGUGGAGGCGUUUGAAUACACUGCAGCAUUAUAAGGUUCCAGAUGGAGCAACGGUGGCCCUUGUCCCCUGCCUCACCAAGCAUGUUCUUAGGGAAAACCAGGAUUACGUCCCUGGAGAACGGACCCCAAUGCUGGAGGAUGUAGAUGAGGGGGGCAUCCGGCCCUGGCACCUGGUGAAGCCGAGUGAUGAGCCAGAGCCUCCCAGGCCGCGGAGGGGCAGCCUCCGGGGUGGGGAGCGUGAGCGAGCCAAGGCUAUCCCAGAGAUCUACCUGACUCGAUUGCUGUCCAUGAAGGGCACGCUGCAGAAGUUUGUGGAUGACCUGUUCCAGGUGAUCCUCAGCACCAGCCGCCCUGUGCCUCUGGCUGUGAAGUACUUCUUUGACCUGCUGGAUGAGCAGGCCCAGCAACACGGCAUCUCUGAUCAGGAUACCAUCCACAUCUGGAAGACCAACAGCCUGCCACUGAGGUUCUGGAUCAACAUCAUCAAAAACCCACAGUUCGUGUUUGAUGUGCAGACAUCUGAUAACAUGGAUGCGGUACUCCUGGUCAUCGCGCAGACCUUCAUGGAUGCCUGCACCCUGGCUGACCACAAGCUGGGCAGGGAUUCUCCCAUCAACAAGCUUCUCUACGCUCGAGAUAUUCCCCGUUACAAACAGAUGGUGGAAAGGUACUAUGCAGACAUCAGACAGACUGUCCCGGCCAGUGACCAAGAGAUGAACUCAGUCCUGGCGGAACUGUCCCGGAACUACUCUGGCGACCUGGGGGCGCGAGUGGCUCUGCACGAGCUCUACAAGUAUAUCAACAAGUACUAUGACCAGAUCAUCACUGCCCUGGAGGAGGACGGUACUGCCCAGAAGAUGCAGCUGGGCUAUCGGCUCCAGCAGAUUGCUGCUGCUGUGGAAAACAAGGUCACGGAUCUAUAGGGACCAGGGAGUCCUGGCCUGCUGUUGUCUCAGCACCUCCUGGGCAGCCCUGAACUCUCAAGGGAGAGGCCACCUUCGUAGAUGCCUGUAGUGACUGACAAGCAGAGUUUAAUGAAAGGUGGCUCCAGUCUCCUGGUGAUACCAGGCUCGGCUCCGUUAGACCCACCUUGUAGGUGUGGGACCUAGUGACUUGCUGGGUAGUGCCAGGCCUGCCCCAAGCCUGGUAACUCUGUGACCUACUUCCUGGGUGACAUCAGUCUACAGGGAGCUGGGGACUUAGGUUUCCAGAGAAUGUCUGGUAGGGCCUCCUGGCCCCUGGGGAGACUGUACUGUUCUUGAACACUGGCCUGUGUCCUAUUGGGAAUCAGAAGCAGGAAGAGAGCCCUCCCACUUCCUGUCCUCUUCAUCCAUCCUCCUUGACCUCAGUUUAGCUUCCUCUAUCCUUGUUCCUUGUUGCCAAUUCCAAGGCCUGAGAAAGAGAAAAAGGAAAAUGCCUUUCUAGGCUGCUGCUGCCUCAGCAGGGUUGGUACCUCAGGAUCGCCCUGUCUUCCAAGUGGUCGGGGAGGGACAACUGCCUCAGGGGAGCCUGGGAGAGAGCAGGGGCCCACUGAUGAUGCAGCACUUCAUUAAAGGAUGACACGUGGACUCUCCCCUCCGCUAAGAUACAACUGGCAGCUGCUGCAGGAUGUGGUCCUCACACUCUGAAGGGUCUCCUGGCCCCCAUGACGGACCCCACACUGCAGGGCUGUCCCAGACAAGGUCUACCAGGGGCAACACUUCCCGGAAGGGAGGACUUGAAGCACAGUAAGGGAGAGCUGGGCCCUGGUGUGGAGUUCCAUCCUCCAUCUUCAGGGACUUCACCUUGCUGCAGGUCAUGCUAACGUCACCGUUCGUGUUCCAUGAAUUUUAAAAGGAAUUGGGAAAGUGUGGCAUCGUUAAAGGUGACUCCUUUAAAGUUGUGGUCAUUUAAAGGUCCAUGGCCCUGUUUCUGGACUCCAUUUUCCUAUUGCUGUCCAUGUUGAGGUACCUUAGGGCAGGGGCUCAGAGCCAACCACCCGCCUGUGUGGUAGCCACCUUCUGUGGUUUUUCCUGUUUAAGCUACAGGUGAGCUUCAAGACUGAGGUACUAAGGUUUCUUGUGGCUAUUGGGUCAGUAGACUAUCUCAGCAGGUGAGGCCUUGGUGACUUCAGAGAGUUCCCCCCAGCUCUUUCUGUGUGUAACCAGUGACUGGCACCUUUGGGGUCUUCCUCAGAGUGUGGAGACAUGGGCUGAAGACAAUUCCAAGAGUCCUUUCUUGCCAUCUUUAAAGUCCUUGUCCUCAAGAUAGCAGGAGCCCUGUUGGUUCUCCUGCCGCAGUAAUCACAGCUGCUAUUUCUGUCAGCUCUAACAUCCCGUCUUGCCCACACAUGCCAGAUGUGGAGAACCACAGUCACAGAAGGGUCACCAGUUAGGCUCUCACGUGGGAGCAUGUGAACUUCAGUACUAAUAACAGUCCAUAUUUCAUCCUCACUCAGAAUGGUUCUCCCCCAGGGGUUGCUGCAGCCUCAUCCAUAGAACAGGGCUGAUGGGGAAGUGAGGUCUUGGCUAGACUUCAAACAGGCACAGGGAGGGAGGCAGCUUGAGUCAACACGGCAGGGAUGGUGACAGCCACACCUCUGCCUCAGGCUUGGGCUUCUGCGGUCUCUGGGAGUCCUGUGGGGAGGUAAGAGUUCCUGGAGAGGAAGGCCAAGUACCUGCAUGCCCAGGCAUGCACUUACGGGAAGGGGGAGCACCCAGUGUGCUCUGAGUCACGCAUGUCUCGCCCUCUCAGAACAUUGUGAUAAAAGAUGUCAGGAAAAAAACAAAAAACCUUACCACAGAAGAUAGGAAGCUAAGUCUUCUCUCAGAUACUGUGGUCGAGAAUGGCAAUGCCAGUCCAGUGCCACCAGGACUUUGGUGAUGGCUCCCUUGGGCAUAGGGCAGUUUCGGUAUAAAAUGGUUGUAUGCACUUUGAUUAGCUUCAUUGUUUUCCGCAAAACCUGUUAGUAGACAAAGGCUGUUUCUCAUUUUCCCCACUAAUUUAAAUAUUGGGUAAUUGUUCAGAUGAUUAUAUAUAGAUAUGCUUUUUUUAGUUCUUUGAGACAGGGCUUUACUAUCUUUGGCUGGCCUGGAACUUGCCGUGUGGACCAGCCUGGCCUUGAAUUCACAGAGAUAUACCCUCUGUCUCCUGACUGCUGGAACUAAAAGCGUGUGUCAACACACCCAGCA